AUGGAGAAGGGCAGCGCGAAUUCCGGCGUGGCCCUUGAGAAGGUCGUAGUCCGACCCGCAAAGCAAUCGGAAGGGGAAAACACCAAUGUUGAGAAGGAAGAAGUGAUUCCGGGGACUCCGGAGGGAAAGGUCGAAGUGGAAGAGAAAGGGCCCAAGAAGAAGCGCGACGGAUUCCUCAGCUGGGCCGUUCUGCUGGCGGCCGUGUGUCUCUUCACCAGCGUGUCUGCCCAGGAGUUCACCGUGUUUCACUAUUACAACGCGUUCAUGAACUUUGCCGAGAACCACCGGGAGUUCAAUUACACGGAGGUCGCUUCUCAAAUGACCGACUGGGCCCUUCCGCCCUACUACAGCUCCAUCCAGGCCCUGAUCAUCGCCCUGCCGGUUUUGUGGCUCAUCGAGACAAAAGGUGUUCGACUGGUGUUUGGAAUCCUGGCCGUUCUGACGACCCUCGGCGUGGGAAUCAAAGCAAUAGCCGCUGCUCUCCACCUGCACAUCAUAGUUGUCUUCAUCGGCCAGUCUUUGAUCAACCUGAGCCGCAUCGGCCUCUUCCCUGCAGUGCACAGACUCUGCGUUGCAUGGUUCAGCCGCCGGUCCAUCUCUGUUGUAUGCGCCAUUGCCUUUUUCGGAGACAACUUGGGCAUUUUGGUUGGAUACCUUACUCCGCACCUUAUUUUCUGGACCUACGACAGAAACAAGGAGAAGUUCAAUGAAUUCUCUUUGCACAUGAUUAUCCUCUACGGGAUUAUGGCCUCUCUGGCCAUAAUAUUUUCUAUCAUCACCGCUUUCAUCCAAAGUGCUCCAAAAGAACCUUCGAGUCUUGCAGAGAAAUUGAGGAACGAAAUGGAAAAGCCCGACCAGUCCUUCAUCGCGUUCCUGAAGCGCCUCAAAGCAAUGUAUGUUGCCGACUUUAAACUGGUCAUGAACAGCAUUGGCUUCGGACUCACUUAUGGACUCACAAUGAUGAUUUUUCAUCCAAUUAGGCUGACUGUAAUCUUUGAGGUGCACGAGGGAAUCAAAGAACUGGAUUUGCCAAUCACGUCAGUCAUCAUCGCCUGCGGAUACAUAGGCUCCCUGGUGUCAGGGUGCAUUCUCGACUGGACCAGGAAGCACCACUACGUGGCCCGUUUCUCAAUCCUAGGCCUGUUCGCUUUCCACGUAAUGCUGGUCAUCAGCAUCCACGCCGAGUCCAUGUACUUCACCUUUUUCUGCUAUGGUGGCGUCAGCCUGUUCUUUGCAUUCUACAUGACGGCCGCGAUCGAGUACUCCGCAGAAAGGAGCUACCCAGCCCUCGAGAGCACCUCAACGGGCAUAUUGGUGCUCACCGGUUACGUGGUGGCAGGACUUUUCUCUGUGCUCUUCGGCACACAUUUCACCAGCAAGAAGGACGCCACCCUGACUGGUUUCAUCUCCACCGCCUUGCUGUCCAUCGGCGCGCUUUUCACCAUCGGACUCGAGCCCUCGUUCCUCAAGAGGCACAACGCUGGCCAGGAUGUGGCGGCCUACUGA